AGGAAACCUACAGGCAGAGAAACUGCGCGCCGUUCCUCUGAGCCAAUCGCAGCGCAGCAAAACAAGCUGCUCUCAAACGCUCCACGCGCCAAAACUUCCGAAAUGGCGCGGCGUCCCUCCGCUGCUUCGGAACUACUUAGUGGCAGAAUAGCGCGUCCCCCCCCCCCUUAUAGCUGCAGGACUGUUCUGUCGUAGGAGUGGAGGGGUGGGAGAAAGUUGCUCAGUGCCUAUGAAUCUUGGGAGAACCGUUUAGCGUCAACUCGUCCUUGUGUGCCCACUCCCCGGUGGGAGGGAGACGGAGCUGAGGAGCGGAGGGAUUCGAGGACGGUUGGUGAAGGGAAAGCGCUCGAUUUGUGGCGCCAGAAUUCGUAGACUGAGGGAAGAAGUUGCCGUUUGCAGCCGCCGCUGGUGCUGCUUCUUCCAGUUGUCAGGCCCGCUCCAGGCCAUCAUGGUGAUGCUCCGGAGCGGUUCGGGGGGCUCCACCCGCCCUGACCCUCACGACGGAAGUGGUGCCCCUGCUACUCCCAGCAACGGGAGCCGCCGCCGGGACGCGCCCCUCGGGCCCCUCUACGACGCGAUGGAGUCGAGCUCCGAGUUUCUCUCCUUGGUCGUCCCGACGCCUUCCUCGGCGCGGAGCAAGCGCGGCGCGGGAAACCGCUCCUCAGCAGCUUCGGGCCGGGGCUCGGGCUCAGCCGCUGCCCGAAGAACUGUGGCGGAAUUUUCUUCAGACAAAGAAUGUGAACAUUUCACAAGACAUUCCUUAAGAUCUAUGAGGAAAAAUAAUCAACAUUAUUCAGACUCUAGUUUUGACAAAAGCAUGGCAAUGCUGAGUGAGAAUGGUAUUAACAGGAAACAUUUUACAAGGCAGCUGGCUAGACUACAGGCUGAUAAAAAGACUGAAGACUGUGAAGACGGACCUGUCACCAGAUCAUUGAAUGCAGGAAUAAAUGUGAAGUCUGCUGAACAUGAAGAAAAUGGGGAUGUUGAAGUCCGUCGCAGUUGCAGAAUUAGGCAAAGCCGCUAUAGUACUAUGAACCAGUCUGUUUUGUUUGACAAGCUUAUUACAAACACUGCAGAAGCUGUAUUACAAAAAAUGGAUGAUAUGAAGAAGAUGCGCCGUCGACGAAUGAUGGACUUGGAAGAUCUUGGGGUGUUCAAUGAUGGAGAAGAGGAAAACCUUAAUGUGUACUCAAGAGGGAAACCAAAAAGAGCAAUCCAAAGGACUGAUGAAGAAACCACUGAUAACCAAGAUGGAAGUGCAGAAUCUUCAGAAGAAGGCGAAGACCAGGAAGAUGAAGAUGGAGAAGAUAAUCAAAAGCGUUACGACCUUAGACAGCGAAAAACUGUUGUGCGCUAUCAGGCCUCACCGGAAAAACCAAGGCAUCAGAGGAAGCCCAAAUUAUUUUAUCCUGACACAGCUUCUCCAUUGAGGCGAAGAUUUUCCUUUAGCCCUGCAGGACCAAGGAGUCCUUAUUGUAAAAAGAUGAACAGACGAAAGCAUGCAAUUCAUAAUAGUGAUUCUACAUCGUCGUCAUCAUCUGAUGAUGAGCAGCGUUUUGAACGGCGUAGGAAACGAAGUCGGACCAAAGCACUAAGCAGGUGCCUUCCACUAAACUUUAGGAAAGAUGAGUUGAAGGGAAUCCACAAGGAUCGAAUGAAAAUUGGAGCAAGCCUAGCUGAUGUUGAUCCAAUGCAAAUAGACUCUUCAGUACGAUUCGAUAGUGUUGGUGGACUCUCUAGCCAUAUUUCAGCUCUAAAGGAGAUGGUGGUUUUCCCACUGCUUUAUCCAGAAGUGUUUGAGAAAUUCAAGAUCCAACCUCCCAGGGGCUGCCUCUUCUAUGGUCCACCGGGUACUGGAAAAACUCUUGUUGCUAGGGCACUUGCUAAUGAGUGUAGUCAAGGUGACAGAAGAAUAGCGUUUUUCAUGAGAAAAGGUGCUGAUUGCCUCAGUAAAUGGGUGGGAGAAUCUGAACGGCAGCUUCGUCUGUUAUUUGAUCAGGCCUUUCAGAUGCGUCCUUCAAUUAUAUUCUUUGAUGAGAUAGAUGGUCUUGCUCCUGUACGGUCCAGUAGGCAAGAUCAAAUUCACAGUUCAAUUGUGUCCACAUUGCUUGCGCUGAUGGAUGGCUUAGACAACAGAGGUGAGAUUGUGGUGAUUGGAGCUACCAAUAGAUUGGAUUCUAUAGAUCCUGCUCUGAGAAGGCCUGGACGUUUUGAUAGAGAAUUCCUUUUCACCUUGCCGGAUAAAGAUGCAAGGAGAGAGAUCCUUAAGAUUCACACACGAGAAUGGUCUCCUAAGCCAUCAGAGAUGUUUCUUGAAGAGUUAGCUGAAAAAACUGUUGGGUACUGUGGUGCUGAUAUUAAGUCCAUAUGUGCUGAAGCAGCUUUAUGUGCCUUGCGUCGACGUUAUCCUCAAAUUUACACCAGCAGUGUCAAGUUGCAGCUGGAUAUCUCUUCUAUUAAUAUGACAGCUAAGGAUUUUGUAGUGGCUAUGCAGAAGACCAUACCAGCUUCUCAGAGGGCAGUGACUUCACCUGGCCAAGCACUGUCCAGCAUUUCAAAACCACUGCUUGAGAAAACACUUCAAAGAAUCUUGGAAGUCUUAUGGAAUGUGUUUCCACAUGCAGAACUGGCACAAAAAGGAGGGAAAACAGAUUUUGCUAGUCAUGUAUUAGACAGCGACUUGCUAUACAGUGAUGAAGAGGAAUUACCAGUGUUUGAAACUGGACAUUCUCAGAAAACAUCUGAUAAACAGAAGGAAACGUAUCUUAGUUUUAACAGAAGUGCUUAUAGCCAGCCAACAUCUUACCGACCAAGACUUUUAAUAGCAGGAGAACCAGGAUUUGGACAAGCCUCUCAUUUGGCUCCAGCAGUUAUACAUGCUUUGGAAAAGUUUGCCGUGUAUACACUGGAUCUUUCCAUUCUCUUUGGAGUUGGUAUCAAAACACCUGAAGAAACAUGUGCCCAGUUAAUAUGUGAAGCCAAGAGAACUGCACCAAGUAUAAUAUACAUUCCAAAUAUUCAUUUAUGGUGGGAAACAAUUGGACACACGUUGCAAGCUACAUUUACUGCACUGCUACAGAACAUUCCAUCUUUUGCUCCAGUUUUGCUCCUUGCAACAUCAGACGUACAUCAUACAGCUUUGCCAGAUGAGGUACAAGAAUUAUUUGCCAAAGGUUAUGGAGAAAUUUUUGAUGUUCACUUGCCUAGUGCUGAAGAGAGAAAAAAGUUUUUUGAGGAUUUAAUUCUCCACCAAGCUGCUAAACCACCUGCAUCAAAAAAGAAAGCAGUUUUGCAGGCUCUAGAAGUAUUACCAGUAGCAGCAGCAGCAGAACCACGACAGCUGACAGAAGAGGAGGUCAAACAACUUGAGGAGCAAGAAGAAGAUACUUUACGUGAACUCAGGAUUUUCUUAAGGAAUGUUACUCACAGGCUUGCCAUUGACAAACGUUUCAGAGCCUUUACAAAACCAGUUGACUUGCAUGAGGUACCAGACUAUGUCACAGUCAUCAAGCAGCCAAUGGAUCUUUCAACAGUUAUUUCAAAGAUUGAUCUUCACCAAUACCUCUCUGCCAAAGACUAUCUGAAAGAUAUUGAUCUGAUUUGUAGCAAUGCAUUAGAGUAUAAUCCAGACAGAGACCCUGGAGAUCGCCUUAUCAGACACAGAGCCUGUUCCCUCAGAGAUACAGCAUAUGCAAUAAUAAAGGAAGAAAUGGAUGAAGACUUUGAACAACUUUGUGAAGAAAUUCAAGAGUCUCGCAAAAAAAGAGGUUGCAGCUCCUCAAAAUAUGCUCCGUCUUACUAUUAUGUAAUGCCAAAGCAGAAUACCUCCAUGGAGUACAAGAAACUGGAUUCUGAAUGUGGCGAGAAACUGAAAAUUUUUCCAUUGCCUCUGGAUUCUAGCUCUCCUUCUCUUUCUAAUGCCUUAUCAAAGAGAAAACUCAGAAGGAAGAGCCGAUGGUGCCUGGGUAACCUAGCGAAGCGGAAGAAGACAUCUCAUUUCAAUAAAGAGAACAAAGCUCCAGGAGAAGAGCAAGAUGAAGUGGAAAGUGAUGUUGAAGAAGGCCUUGAAAAUCAUGACUCCAGCAUGGAGCAAACUGAAGUGGAAAUAACUCAAACUUCACUGGAAGAAGCUGAAAUUGUGCUUCCAGACCAGCACACAAAUGGCUAUGAAAACAAAUCUGAUACAGAGAAUGAGAGUGAGCAAGCUGCCAGUAAUAGUGCUAAGUGUAGAUCUGAGCAGGGCAACAAGGAUACUGAAUGUUCAGAACAAAGCAAAGGAUGUAAUGGAGACGUAACGGAACAUUUAUUAGAUAAGGAUACUAAUGAUGUGUGUAUGCUUCGCAUGACCCGUGCAAGGCGCUCUCAAGUAGAACAGCAACAUCUCAUCAGUGUUGAAAAAGCCAUGGAGAUUCUCUCAGAGCAAACACAACCAUUCAUUGUUGACUAUGAAAAGCUUAAUACGUUGCUGAAAACAGUUACUGAAAAAAGUACGAACUACACUAUAACUCAGUUGGAAAAACUUUAUGCCUUGCUCAGCCAAUGUAUUUAUCAACAUCGCAGGGACUAUGAUAAAACCGAAUUGAUGCGGGAAAUGACAAGAGAAAUUGCAACCUUCAAUUAAAUCUAUUAAUGAAACCUUCUGAUUGAAAUGUUAUCCACCAAUUAAUUUGAGACCAAAUAACUGCACACAAUAUAUUUAACUAAUGUAAACGUUUUUGAUUCAACUGAACAUGGGUGCAAAAGCCAUAGCCAUAUAACAAAUUGGAAGCUAGAACUAAAGAAGGGAAGUGAUCUUGCCACUGUGCCUAACAUUCUGUAUAGUAUGCUUUGGUUUUUCCUUCUUUUUAAAAACUUCUGUUGUAUAACUUUCUGAUGCUAAUGUGUGUGUUUUAAAAAACAACUAGUUUGGUGGGUGUUUUUAUUAAGGUUUUGAAAAUAUUUACAGUUUGCACCACUUUUCUCUGUAAAUUGAACAAAUACACUAUUUUAUCUCAAUAUAUUUUCAAUUAAAUCAUGUAUAUAUGUUGAACCUCUAUUUUUUUAAAAUAUAAUUGGUAUCUUAACAUCUCACAUGGUUUUAUUAAACCAAGUGACAGAACAUUCUAGUAUUCUAUUUCCUCAAGUUUUCAACAGCAUCUACAUUUUUGUCACUACACUAAUUCUUCCAGUGUUAAUACAAUUUGUAAUCUCUUCAGUGCUCUAAAUGUUGUAUAAUAUAUAAAUGUGUUCAAUUUUAAUGGACAAAAUAAAUUUCUGUACUCUAACAGUUGAA